AUGCCGUCGAAACGAAAGCGCGACAUCGAGGAUUUCGAUCCUAACAAGUCGGAUUCCGAUGACGAGAACUUCGAGCCCGGCGCGGAUGGCCCCCCCGUUCGCACCAAAAAGCGAUCGCGCGGAUCCAAGAGUCAAAGGAACGCCGGUGGCGGUGGAAGGCGCCGCAACAACCGCUAUCGAGGAUCCGACAUUGAAGAUGAAGACGAUGAUGACGUGUCUGAUAGCCAAGACGAAGGCUCCUUCGUCUCUGAAGAUGACGAAGAAGAAGAAGAGGUCAUGCCUGUCAAUGCAGCCGGUCGUAGGUCAAGAAAGGCCGCGACCAAGCACAAUAGCUACAAAGAAAGCGAAGACGACGAUUCCGACCCUGCCGAAGAGUCAGACGACGUGCUCUCUGAGGAUUUGCCCAAGCCCAAGAAAAAGGACAGCUUAAUGAUCAAGCUCAAAGUGCCAAAGAAUGCUUCGACGACCGCUCCCGGUGUUACUCGACGAUCAACUCGUGCCCACACCGAGGAGUAUGGCGAGGAGCACGUCGAACUCACCAAUUCCGGCAAACAUGGACGGCCUGCCUCUCGUUCUAGGAGCCCCGAGACCCUGGCCCGUACUCGAUCUUCCCGCUCCAUUAAGGGUUUGAAGAAGGGACCCGAGACAAUUGAAGAGGCCACCCAAGAAAGCAGCGGUCCUCGGGAGGAAGAUGUUGAUGAAUUGGCUGGCGAUGCUGAGCAAGCCAUUGAAGAAACCAAGGAUGCCGAGAUGGAGGAUGUCAAAGAAUCGACAGAAAUCGUACAGGGAGACAUCGUGGCCGAAGAUGACGAUGACGACGAAGACGAAGGUCCAAUCGUCACGCGACGAACCAGGGCAAAGAGAGGAAGUGGCUCUGGGCCUGCUGAGCCCGCCGAACCGGAGGCUGAUGCCGAAGGCGAAGCCGACGAUGACGUCCCCAAACGAUCUGGGCGCCUAACUCGUCGCAACGGGCUUCGGAAAUCAAAAUCUGUUCAAGAGCCAAGUAGCGAUUUCGAGCCCGGCGAAGAGUCAGCAGGGGAGGAAGAUCGCAUGUCUGAGUCGCCCAAGAAGGAUUCCGGCGACGGUGACGACGGCGAUUUCGACAGCCCGGCUCCGCGCGGUAGGGCCGCCAAGCCAAAGGGUCGAUCCACCCGGAGCUCGCGCCGUGGCGCCGAGUCAGCCGAGGAAGUCGAGCUAGACCAAGACGAGUUGGCCGAAGAGCUCCACGAGCUAAGGCAGGACUCCCGCUCGCGGCGUCCACGACGACCUUCACCCGCCAUCAUCUAUCAAGAAACAGCAUCCAAGCGACGCAGAGCCGCCGCGAAGCCCAUGAACUACUUCAUGCCACCCCUCUCUGCCGUAAACAUUGAGGAAGAUGACGGCGAAGAUCCAGCCCCGACUCCUGCACGUCGUCGCGGUGGCCGUGGGGGUGCAAGUCAAGCUUGGGAUCGCGCCCUCAACACAACAUUCGGACCUUUUGGAGGCGGAGGCGGUGCCGGGUCACUCCUUGGCGGGCCUUGGGGUUCCGGAAUGGCCGCAGGAGGUGUCGACUCGGACAGCAGUGACGAUGAAAUGGGCCAACGAUCAGGGCCUGCUGCAGGAAAUGUUGGCAUGACGCCCACAUCGGCCGCCGCUCCAGCUGGACUUCUUCCUGGCCUUGCGCAACCUUUGGGUGGAGAGGGUGGCGUGGGGGCAGCACCCAACGUUGGCAAGAUCAAGAACCAGAAGGCUUUGGCAGAUGCCGAUCCUCUUGGUGUCGAUCUUACUGUGGACUUCAAUCACGUCGGCGGUCUUCAAGGUCACAUCGAUCAGCUGAAGGAAAUGGUCCAGCUCCCUCUUCUAUACCCCGAGCUGUUCCAGAGAUUCCACGUCACGCCACCUCGAGGUGUUCUUUUCCACGGUCCACCCGGUACUGGUAAGACUCUGCUUGCUAGAGCCCUUGCCAAUUCCGUGGGCGUCGGUGGGCGCAAGAUCACUUUUUACAUGAGAAAGGGAGCCGAUGCUCUGAGCAAAUGGGUUGGUGAAGCAGAGAAGCAGCUGCGUCUGCUCUUUGAGGAAGCGAGAAGAACGCAGCCUAGUAUCAUUUUCUUCGAUGAAAUUGAUGGUUUGGCUCCGGUGCGCUCCAGCAAGCAGGAGCAGAUUCACGCUUCCAUCGUCUCAACACUCCUGGCCCUGAUGGACGGUAUGGACGGCCGCGGACAGGUUAUUGUAAUCGGCGCCACCAAUCGUCCUGACAACAUCGACCCCGCUCUCAGACGACCCGGACGAUUCGAUCGAGAGUUCUACUUCCCACUCCCAGACGUGGCCGGUCGACGGUCCAUUCUUGAGAUCCACACCAAGGACUGGGGUCUCUCAGAGCCAUUCAAGCAACAGCUCGCCGAAAACACCAAGGGCUAUGGUGGUGCCGAUCUCCGUGCUCUCUGCACGGAGGCUGCUCUCAACUCCAUUCAGAGGACAUACCCGCAGGUCUACUCGUCAAAAGACAAGCUCAUCGUCAAUCCUGACAAGAUCAACAUCCACGCGACGGAUUUCAUGCUGUCGAUAAAGAAGAUGAUUCCGUCAUCUGAGAGAUCCGCCGGCACAGGCGCUUCUCCUUUGCCCAAGGGGAUCGAGCCACUGCUUAGAGACCAGUUCACAUCGAUCAAGAGGGCUCUGGACGAUGUUUUGCCUCGUAAGAAGAAGCUGACAGCGUUGGAAGAAGCCAUGUUCGAGCAAUUCGAGGAUGAGGACCACGGCUUUGGUAGAGAAGCUCUGCACCAAGAGUUUGAGCGGUCUAGAAUCUUCCGCCCGCGAUUCCUGAUCCACGGGUUUUCGGGCAUGGGCCAGAGCUACUUGUCCUCUGCCCUGCUGCACUACUUCGAAGGUGUACACGUUCAGAACUUUGGGCUUCCCAACUUACUGGCUGACGGACGGCCCAUGGAACAGGUCAUUGUCAGUUUGUUCACUGAAGUGAAGAGACAUAAGCCAAGUGUCAUCUACAUCCCGAGCAUCGAAUCGUGGUAUGCCGCUAUGAGAGACACACUACCAUUCAUCACAUUCAAGAACAUGCUCAAGUCUAUACCGCCUACGGAUCCCAUUCUGGUGCUUGCCACGGCUGAGUAUGAAGCUGGGGAGGACCUGUCGCCCGAGCUCGUCCGGGAGCUAUUUGCCUUUUCCCGCAAAAACCGAUUGCAGAUCCAGCGGCCGAAGCAUUCAAACCGGCGGGAAUACUUUGCUUCCAUUGUCGACCAUAUUCGCAAGAGUCCAGCUGACUUCCCUGAUCCUGCCAACCGUAAGAAGAGAGUCUUGGAGGAGCUCCCCGUUGCUCCGCCGCCGCCACCGAAAGUACCCACCAAGGAAGAGAUCAAGGCCAUGCAGAAACGCGACCACCAGUUGCUCAAUAUCUUGAAGGUGCAACUACAGCCAAUUAUGGACCAGAUUAACAGGAAAUACAAGAAGUUCAGACAGCCCGUCCUUACCCCCGGUCAGCUGGAUUACCUCUUCCUCGAAAAGGAUCCCAACUAUGUACGCCCCGACGUAGCGGGCAUAGAGCAUCGGCCUUUUGAGAUCGUAAAGGACAAGUACGAUGUUGACGUGCUACGCGAGACAAUUUCUGGCAAGACUUUCUACAAUCUCGAGACGACAACCAUUGAGGAGAGGUUAUCGAACGGUUUUUACUGUCGACCAAAAGACUUCCUUCGGGACAUCAAAUCGCUUGCCAAAGAUGCCAAGAACAUUGGCGACAAAGAGCGGACGCUCAAGGCAAACGAGCUUGUCAGCAAUGUCGAAGUCGACGUCGCUACGAUUGAGGGCAACACCAGCACUGUGGACUGGGAGGCGUUGCACCAGAGACAGCUUCAACGCGCCAAGGUCCAAGCUGAGAAGGCGAGGAAGAAGAAAGCGCUUCAGUCUGUUCUCGACCGAGUUCAAGGCGAUGUGGGUGGCGGUAAUGACAGCGACUCACAAGGGCCGGUUACUCUGGGCGAGCAGAUUCCUGGGUCUGGUCAUGCCAUGGCUCGUUUCCAGGUCAUGAGCCCGGGACCGAGUGGCGGCGUGGGAUCCCAUCAGCAAAGCAAUGGCACAUCCAACCCUUCUCGGCAGAGCGACGUGCACAUGAGCGGCGUGGACGACGACACGACUCAGGACAGCUCCAUGCAGCCACCGGCUCAAUGGCCGCCUCAAGGAAACGCGACAACUGGGGCCACACAGGUAUCCCAAAGAUCUGUUAUCACCACAGUGCCCCCCGGCAUGUCGCCUUCUGCGAUUGUGAACGACGCUUCCACCACCAAGACGUCAGAUCCAUCGGACAGAUCGACAGACAAGUGGAGCACGCAAGCGACAGGACCGACAAACGGGUUCCAUCCAGAUCAAUCCAGCCAAGGCGACAAUUCGCAGCUGCAAGAUACCCAAAUCCCUGCUGGCAUGGAUUCUGUGAGCCAGGCAACUUCUAGCGACGCAGCUUGGCCACACUCCCAAGCCCAUGGCAUGGCGCGAGGGAUCAUUCACCCGCCCGGCAGUCAGACAUCGUCUCCUAACAAGUCUAGGAGCUCAGGAGACUCGAAGCACGCCAUGCCCUUGGUCAAUAUUCUCAAUGACUCAACAAGCGAAGACAUUAGGAACUCUGGUUCGUCAUCUUCGCAGCAGCAGCCCGUCAUCCACGAGGGCCAAGUCGAGCAAUUCCUGGACGAGUUGACGGAGAGAACAUCGGGCUGCACUAUUGAGCAGUUGGAGCAGAUCAACCGCGAGCUCAUGGACGAGAUCUGGAACACGAGGCAUGAGUGGAACCGUAUGAAGGUGCUCGGCGACCUGACCAACGUGUUCAAUGAGACCAUUAGCGACAUUGAGAGCAUCCAGGGCUUGUUCCAGCAGAGCCAGCAAGCAUGA